UCUUCUCCUACCGUCUCCUCAGUCCUCGGCAUAAAGGGGUCCCUUCGUUUUCGCCGGCAUGGUGCAAGUCAGAAGGCACACGUCGUCCUACGACGCGUAGAACUUUCUGAAGAGUCUGGAAAUGAUACUGGUAAAAGGCCUGUAGCAUACUUUAGCCUUUUCGCACAGAAAAGAAUCGAGGUCAAGCCU